CACUUUAGCUAAUUAAUAAGUGGGACUUGAAGAAGGCAGACUGGUAGAGUAGUAAACAGAGCGAUCCGCCUCUUUAAUUGUGUUCACCUACUUACCAUCGGAGCCGUUGAUUACGCCGGAAAAUGUUGUUAUCCUCCUUCAAGCCAGUUUCCUGCCGGAUCCCUCCGGUUGCCGGGGCAAAUGAUUCGCUAUCCAAAGUAUCUGAUGUCACAAUGAUGAAUAGACAAGCUCAACCUCCUCUUCAGGCGAAGGGAAAGGAAAAAUCACUCUUGCAGGAAAGCCCAUCUGCUAAAUCUAGGCGAGAAAUGCUGCAUUUGACAGCUGCGUCUGUAGGUCUUCUAUCUCUAGUGUUUCCAUCAUCUGCUGAAGCGGGCACUAGAAAUGCGACAAUGAGACGGAAGAUAAGGGAGAAAUUUGAAGAGUUGAGGCGAAAGUCUGGUCUGUCAAAGCCACAAGAUGAAGGUGAAGAAAAGAAACCAAAAGAUGAGGCAGAAGGCAAGUCAAAGGUACAAAGCGGCACAAAAGAAGCAAAGCCGAAACCAAAGGAUGAGAGCGAAGCCAAACCAAAGGUACAUCACGGUGGCAAGGAAACAAAGGCAGAGAUAAAAGAUGAAACAGAGCAGCCAAGGACAUCUAAAGAGUCCAAACAUGAAGGGGCAAUGAUUCCAGCACUUCCAGGUAUCAUAAAUGAUAAACCUAUUGAAACCACUCUCCCGUGACCUAAUUCUGCAUCUCAGAAAAAACCUAUUGUAUUUGCACUAUCUGUAUGUUGACAUUUUGGUUAUCCAAUGGAUUGCCAAUUUCAUUAAUAAAGACAUUCUGUUUCUUCUUCUAAAAAA